CACAAAGCUAAACGUUCCCUGGUUCCCUGAACUUUGUGGGAGUCUGAAAGAUACUUUGUUUAUGGAUCGCAACCCUUUUAACUACAAAGCCCCGAAAGUAUGCAACAAUAUUAGAAGCCCCCAACUCAGAAUUCCUACUAAACAAACUAUUUUAGAGCUCAACUAAAAAUAUAUAUUUUCUAAAGUAUCAUAAUAUUUAUCAUAAUAUAAUGCUGCAUUAUUAUAUUAUUUUGGUAUUUUUUAAAUAGUCCCUUGGUUGAUAAACACUGCUCUAGAUAUCACACUAUGAACAGUAGUAGAUCAUCACAUUGAUAUUUGAAGAUGAAGACCGUCGUAACUUUGUGCUUGUAACUUUUUAAAUGACAUACAGUGUACAGUACUGAUUGCAAAUUUAUCAGUCAUAAAAUAUUUAUGUAAAUAUUUAAUAAAAAUGCAAACAUAAAAUAUUUUGUAUUGUCUACUCUUCCUAACUAUACACUGUCAGAAGAAAUGGUCAAAAAUUAUCCCAACACAAGACACUUGGGGCAGUAUCUUUUUAAAAAGUGCACCAUUGCACCUGGAAAGUUAAUAUACCUCAAAGAUAGCCUACAUAUUGGUACCAAAUGUAUAUAUAUCUGUACCUAAAUGGCACAUACAAGGAUCUUUUAAAAGGGUACUCCCUCAUUUUUGCCCAUUUCCUUCUGACAGUACCAAAUUAUAUUUUUGGUAACCAGCAUCGGAAUACUCUUAGUCAUUUAUUUGAUGGUUAUUAAAUAAGUAUUUAUUCUGGAUGUUACCCUAAAUAAAUACACCAGAGAUCGUUAAGGGAUAAUCUGUUAAAACAUGAACCUAAUUUAUAUCCAGCAUAAGAAUUGUAUUGCAUAAAUAUCUAAUUUCCGAAUGAUUUAUAAAUUACAUGAUGUACAUUUUUGUCAGGAAAAAAUAAUUAAAUUAAUCACACAAACACAAAAUAAAGCUACGGACGCUUGCAGAUGAACCUUUCAUUUUUGCCCUUCAUGGCACGUGCCUUAAAUUCGUCAAAUGUUUACACAUGCGUUUGAAACAGGGUCGCAACAUGAGCGCUAAUUAAAUUUGCCCCAUUCAACGUUUAAAAAUAACGUGAAUUCCUUUUGUUCUGGACAGGUCGCUCUUUUCAUCCUAAAGCAAAUUUCUCCUAAAAUGCACAUUUAGGAAAGAAAACAUUUAGGAGCCCACUGUUAAAAACGCUAACGAGUCUUUACAAUAUUUCUCACUAUGGAGUGACAUAUUUAAGGGGUCUUACUUGAGCCAGCCUAUAGGUCGCCUAACUAGAACGGCGAUUUUGGACGAGAGUGAGGAUGCUUUGGAUAAGUUUAUGAUAUCAGUAGAAAGUUUCUUGUUUUAUUGUUACUCUUUAAAGAGCAGAAUAAAUCACAUAAGAUAUAAAGGCUAAAAAUCUCUAAGAUUCGAGGUACUGAUCAUGGAAGAGCUGGCCCGGGAAAGUAUACGCAGCAUCAGUCUCCUAUCCAAACCUGCGCGGGGUUCGGACGUCCCACGUCUCGGCUCGUUUGGAGCUGUUUUCAUUAUGCUUAAAUCUGCUCUCGGCGCGGGACUACUGAACUUCCCAUGGGCGUUUGAAAAGGCAGGUGGUGUGAAUACAGCCAUCGGUGUGGAGUUGGGGUCUCUGGUAUUUCUGAUCAGUGGCUUGGUCAUACUUGGCUAUGCCUCAUCGAUCAGUCGGCAAAACACGUAUCAUGAUGUGGUACGCGAGGUGUGUGGAAAGAGGAUUGGACAUCUGUGUGAGAUCUGCUAUGUUUUCAACCUCUUCAUGAUCUCUGUCGCCUUUCUGGUGGUUGUUCAGGAUCAACUGGAUAAGUUGUGCCUGUCUCUGUAUGAGGCGGUGACUGGCACUACAGAAGGAGAGAUGCCUUAUCAUUGGUACACAGAUCAUCGUUUCGCACUCUUCAUCAUGUGCCUCGUUAUCAUCCUCCCACUCUCAAUACCCAAAGAGAUCGGCAUUCAGAAAUACACCAGUGUUCUGGGGACUCUGGCUGCAACAUACCUGAGCGUGGCUGUGGUUGUAAAGUAUUACCUAAAAGAUGAGCACAGUGCAGACCUUACACCAGAACACAGCGAAGGCUUGGUGUCAUGGGCUUCCAUGUUCAGUGUGGUUCCAACGAUUUGUUUCGGUUUUCAGUGUCAUGAAGCAUCCAUUGCUAUAUACAGCAGCAUGGAGAACAAAAAAAUCACACACUGGGUAUUUAUCUCAGUUACUUCGAUGACUUUCUGCCUUUUAAUUUAUACUCUUACAGGUGUGUUUGGAUUUCUUACAUUUGGACGGGAAGUAGCCUCAGAUAUCCUGAUGUCAUAUCCUGGAGAUGAUGUAGUGAUGAUUAUUGCUAGGCUGCUGUUUGGAAUUUCGAUCGUUACAAUUUAUCCUAUAAUACUGCUGUUGGGCAGGUCGGUAAUUCUUGCACUUGUAUUGCGUUUCUGGGGAAGACGGGCCAUAAUCACUUCUGUGUUUGAGUGUCGGUGCCGUACAAUUUUGACAUUUCUUUGGAUCGCUAUCACACUACUCAUUGCCGUCUAUGUACCAGACAUGAGUGAGAUCAUCAGUGUCAUCGGAGGGAUUAGUGCCUUCUUUAUCUUUAUUUUUCCUGGAAUGUGCCUUAUCUUUGCCAUGCAGACCGAACCUAUAAAUUACAGGAUAAGAACCCUCUUGACAGGUUGGGGUGUGGUCACUGUCGUCAUCGGAGCUUUUAUCUUUGGCCAGAGCACCACUAUUGCUGUUAUGGAGCUGUUGCACAAGUUUUGAUCAAUGCAAAGUGUAUUAAUAAGUUAUUAAUAAAUAAAUUGAUGGAUGAUAUUUAUUUUGAUAGCAUGAAAUUGAGGAUGAGUGAGUAGUAAGGUUUCAGUUUAAGAUCGAGGCAACGCACAGAUGAUAUUUUAUUUGGUGGAUGUUGUGCCUUUUGAUGUAAUUUAAUGCAAUUUAAAUUAUGUAUUAUGUGUUUAAUAAUAAAGAAUAAUAACUUUAAAUGUCUUAAAAGAAAUGAGUGUAUGUAUAUAAAUAUGAGGAAUUACUUUGUUGACAUUUGCUGGAAAUGUUUAAAGUAAAAUGGCAUACAUUGGC